AUGAGGUUCAAGGAGGGGAAUUCAGUGGAGGUAUUUAGAAAAGAAAAUGAUCCAUGCGGCUGCUGGUUUCCCGGAAUAGUAACUUCAGUACAAGGCAAUAGCUACAGUAUUAUUGUGAGGCACAAAGGAGAUCAGGCAGCUGUGGAGAGGGUGCAUGAGGAGGAUGUACGGCCACAGCCUCCGCCGCAGGAUGAUCAGAAGGGGCUUGAAAGAUGGACGGCUGGUGAUAUUGCUGAGGUGUUUGAUAUUCAGUGUUGGAGGGUUGCAGCGAUUCUGAAGGCGAUCAAGAACGUCCAUUUUGUUGUUAGGUUUGUUGGGUCCAUCCACCUCAAAGAAUUUCAUAAAUCUAGUCUAAGGGUUCGCCAAGCUUGGCAUAACAAUAAGUGGUCACAGCUGGUUGGGAUUGGGAAGGUUCAAGAAAAUAGGCAGGCUGUCGACAAUAUUGGCACACUAGCUGUUUGGCAAGGGAGUUGCUUAACAAGAGGGGGAGAUGGAAAGAAAAAUGUCAAAGAAAUGUGGCUUCCUGAAGGAAAUCAUGGCCAUUGUUCUGAACCACCAUCGGAGGAGCUGCCGAUGGUGGAUGAUAUUUCAUCUAUUGCUAGCUGUAGUUUGAAUGAAGAUGGUGAGGCAGCUGAACAUCCCAGUGUUAAUUGUUCAUCAAGAGACCAUUCUUCUUCUGCUGAGUCCUCAUCAUUUCCGCCUUGGUCCAGCAAACAGAAACUAGUUAUCAAAGUUGAGGUCCAUAAACAAGAGGUUAAAGCUUAUAAGUCAACUGUGCAGGCAAUGUAUGCUUCAGGUCCAUUUAUAACUUGGGAUCAAGAGUCCCUCUUAACAAAUCUUCGUCUCUCUCUUCACAUUUCAAAUGAGGAACAUUUACUCCACCUCAGGCACCUUUUAUCCACUCAACCUUGUUAA